AUUCCGCGACUUUUCGGCAGUCACCGCACGCGUGGUACCAUGGCUUCCUCGGGGGUGGCGGGUGGGAGACAGGCCGAAGAUCCACUGCAGCCGCCGCCGGAGCUGCUGCCGGAGUCCAAGCCGCCGCCGCCGCCUCAGCCUCUACCGGUCGCCGCGCUCCCGCCGCCGCCGGCGCCGCGGCCGCAGUCCCCCUCAGGCGCGAAGGAGGAGAAUUACUCCUUUUUACCGUUGGUUCACAAUGUCAUCAAAUGCAUGGACAAGGACAGCCCAGAUCUCCACCAGGACUUGAAUGCUCUCAAAACAAAGUUCCAGGAGAUGCGGAAGCUCAUAGGCACCAUGCCCGGCAUCCAUGUGAGCCCUGAGCAGCAACAGCAGCAGCUUCACAGCCUCCGGGAGCAAGUCAGGACCAAGAAUGAGCUUCUGCAGAAGUACAAGAGCCUCUGCAUGUUUGAGAUCCCCAAGGAGUAGGGCCAGCUCCCAGGACAGCUGCCAAGGAACUGAAGCUUCACCCGGUGCUGUCCAGCUCCUUGGGAGCCCCCCUCUAAACUGUGAGGCCACAUGUGGCUGGUCGGGAGCCUCAGUGGCUGUACUCAGCCUUGACUAGCUAUGCCCCAGCCCCAUCAGCAGACCUAGAGGGCACAGGAGGAGAGGAGGACGCGUUCCCUUCUUUCCCUCGGCUCCUCCCGCUCCCGAUACCAUCAGUGGGUAUCAGGUACAUACUGUUCCCGUUAACAGCAGUUUCCUGAAGCAUUUGCAUAGAAUUCGUGGGGUAAAUUAGGCCUGCACUCAGAUGGCAUGAAUUUAAUAUAAUUAAAGAAGGUUAGGAGAGUGUGAACGUUGUUUUGAAAGGCCAGAGGGUGGGUGGCUUCCCCCCCCGCGCCAAACAGUUCACUUCCUUUUUUGUUUGAGCUACUGAAUGAAACUGUAUCUCCGGGGCGUCUGCCCAGAGUCCUGCCAGCCACCAACUCCAGUUUCCAGCCUCCUGCAUACUAACCUUAUAGGCUCUUGCUCCCUUUAUCUCCAUCACUCCGGGCAGUGCUCAGAAUAGCCAAAGCACUGCUUGCCUGGGGCCCUUUGUUCUUCCCACGCUGGCUCAAAGAGGCUGUUAAGUAAGCAGCUCUGCCCUGAUUCAUAGGCCCUGGCUUACAGCGUCAUCUCCCCUCUAGCCAAGGAGUCAGCCACAUUCGCUGCCCUGCACAUGUCCCUGCACACUUCUGGUUGGAAGCAGAGUGGUUGGAAGGAGUAAUCGGGUGGUUCCUCAGCCAUGGGUGUGUGUGGUCUGAGUUAGGUCUGAAGGGCAGGGGGAGCUAAGCCUGGGGGUUCCAUAGCUGUGUUGUAGAGUGUGCCCAGCUAGUCCCAGGUGGAACACUGUGUUCUCUCCCUCCCAGGCUGUUACACUGAGGGCAGGGUGGCCCUUUCUCUCUCGGGAGUAAGGUGAGAGUACCCAGUAUUCUUUGGAUCUUGAAAUGAGCACAGCCUGGGCUGACCAGUUUAGGACUUAGCAGGUGCCUGCCAAGUGGCCUUGUUGGCAGGAGUGCUGGCUGGACUGUUUUUAGCAGGGUUCUGUCCAAGAUGCCUCACAGUUGGGCCCUGGGAUGUGUGUUAGAGGGUGUUGAGUUCCAGUCAUUUGGGCAGAAAAGAGGGCUCUGAAUUUGAGUGGAGGGUGCCAAUUAAGCCGCAUCUACCUUGGAACUGUUAUUUAACUGAAUCAGUUAUUUUCUAGAAAGUUUGAGCAGUAGGUGAGCCAGUUUUAAGGCUCUGCCUGGUUUCUGUGAAGCACAGAGCACACGAAAUGCAGGAGUUUCAGAUCCUCCCAUAGGCGGAGAGAAGGGUUCCUCAGAGGCUGGAGGGAGAUGAGUCUUCUCUGCUCCAGUGUGCCGACCUGCCACGUUUUCAGACAUGUAAUUAAAGUAUGCUCUGAUCCCAAGA